UAUCACACAAAACUUGACAUCGUUCAUUCAACCAGUUCUUAAUUCACUUCUUCUUCUUCUUAUCAUUCUGUGCAAUAUCAACUUGACACUUGAAAUGGGUAGCAACAAUGUUAAUCUACCACCAGGUUUCAGAUUCUACCCGACUGACGAAGAGCUCCUCGUCCAUUUUCUUCACAGGAAGGCCACGCUCUUGCCUUGCCAUCCUGAUGUCAUCCCUGAUCUUGAUCUCUAUCCUUAUGAUCCUUGGGAGCUAGAAGGGAAAGCUCUUGGUGAGGGGAACCAAUGGUACUACUAUAGCCGGAGGUCGCUGAAUCGAAUCACAGGCAAUGGGUAUUGGGAACAAAUAGGCAGCAAUGAAUCGGUUCUCACAAGUGCAGGCAAGAAAGUUGGAAACAAGAAAUACCUUGUGUUCUAUGCAGGUGAAGCUCCUUCCGGAAUCAAAACUAAUUGGAUUAUGGAAGAGUAUUGCUUAUCUGACCGCGGUUCUAGCAGUAGAUCAUCUUCAAGAAGAGAAAGCUCAAAGAAAGAUUGGGUUAUUUGUCGAGUUUCCGAGCAAAAUGAGGGCGGUGACAAUGAUAGUGGAGAACUAUCCUGCUUGGACGAAAUUUUCUUAUCGUUGGAUGAUAUGGACGAAAUUAGUUUGCCAAAUUAGAGUUAAGAAUAAGAAAUUGUGAAAUUAAUUAGUGGUCCAAUGUAAGGCUUUAUAUCCAAAUGUAGACAUUACAUUAAUAUAUGUUAUUGUUCCCUAAUCAAAAAUGCUUUAUGUAGCCUAAGCCUUCAACAUCACAAAAAAAGGAAUGAUGUAGCCACAAGUCCCAUGGCACUUCAAAUUCCAUCAUGUCUUGAGAAAUGCUUCUAAUGUGUAUCAUAUGAAUCCCUUCUGUAAUGGCACCAAAUGAGAAUUUCUAUGA